CGCCGGCAGCGACGACGACGACAUGGCGGAAGUGGCGGCCGGAGUGGGCCGCUUUAAGUCCAAGGGGCCCCCAAGGUCCAGCCUGUUCAACCACCGGGGAAUCUCUGGGAACACGGGGCAUUGGACUGCCUGUAACAUGGGGAUGCUAUCAACCGCCUCACAGCUGAGAGGGUUAAAGAAGCUAUGCCAUCGAGCGCAAGAUUGAGCCUUUCUACAAGGGCGGGAAGGUGCAGGUACCAAUGCAGGGAGGAGCAUUGUGGCGGGGCAGGUCAGGGCUGCAAAGUGUCACCUGGGCUGAGACCCUUUUGUCAUCAGCUGGACCAGACUGGGCAGCACCUCUUCUGCGUCUGUGGUACCAGAGUCAACAUUCUGGACGUGGCCUCGGGGGCUGUGCUGCGGAGCCUAGAGCAGGAGGAUCAGGAAGACAUCACUGCCUUUGACCUCAGCCCCGAUGACGAGGUGCUGGUGACGGCCACCCGGGCGCUGCUGCUGGCCCAGUGGGCCUGGCGGGAGGGCAGCAUCGUCCACCUGUGGAAGGCGAUACACACAGCCCCUGUGGCCACCAUGGCCUUCGACCCCACCUCCACACUGCUGGCCACAGGCGGCUGUGAUGGGGCCGUGCGCGUCUGGGACAUCGUGCGCCACUAUGGGACACACCACUUCCGGGGCUCAUCAGGUGUCGUGCAUUUGGUGGCCUUCCACCCGGACCCCGCCCGCCUGCUCCUCUUCUCCUCAGCCGCAGACGCCAGCAUCCGUGUGUGGUCACUACAGGACCGCUCGUGCCUGGCCGUGCUGACUGCCCACUACAGCGCUGUCACCUCUGUGACCUUCAGUGCCAAUGGCUACACCAUGAUCAGCUCGGGCCGGGACAAGAUCUGCACCGUCUGGGACCUGCAGAGCCUCCAGGCCACGAAAACCGUGCCAGUGUUUGAGAGCGUGGAGGCUGCAGUGCUGCUGCCAGAGGAGCCGGCGCCUGAGCUGGAUGUAAAGUCCACAGGCCUGCAUUUCCUGACGGCCGGCGACCAAGGCAUCCUGCGCGUGUGGGAGGCGGCCUCUGGGCAGUGUGUACACGCACAGCCCCGGCUGCCAGGCCCCGGGCGAGAGCUGACCCACUGUGCCCUGGCCCGAGCCGCCGGCCUGCUCCUCAGCGUCACUGCUGACCACAACCUGCUGCUCUACGAGGCCCGCUCUCUGCAGCUGCAGAAACAGUUUGCCGGCUACAGUGAGGAGGUGCUGGACGUCCGGUUCCUCGGGCCCGAGGACUCUCACGUAGUUGUGGCCUCGAACAGCCCCUGCCUGAAAGUGUUUGAGCUGCAGACCUCAGCCUGCCAGAUCCUCCACGGCCACACAGACAUCGUCCUGGCCCUAGACGUGUUCCGGAAGGGGUGGCUCUUCGCCAGCUGUGCCAAGGAUCAGAGCAUCCGCAUCUGGAGGAUGAACAAGGCUGGAGUGGUGGCCUGUGUGGCUCAGGGCUCUGGGCACACACACAGCGUGGGCACCAUCUGCUGCUCGAGGCUGAAGGAGAGCUUCCUGGUGACGGGCAGCCAGGACUGCACUGUGAAGCUCUGGCCCCUCCCAGAAGCCCUGCCAUCCAGGAGCACUGCCCCCGACGGCGGCCCUGUCCUCCUGCAGGCCCAGGCCACACAGCGCUGCCACGACAAGGACAUCAACAGUGUGGCUAUUGCCCCCAACGACAAGCUGCUAGCCACAGGGUCACAGGACCGCACAGCCAAACUCUGGGCCCUGCCCCAGUGCCAGCUACUGGGCAUCUUCUUGGGCCACCGGCGUGGCCUCUGGUGUGUCCAGUUCUCGCCCAUGGACCAGGUGCUGGCCACAGCCUCGGCGGACGGCACCGUCAAGCUCUGGGCCCUGCAGGACUUCAGCUGCCUCAAGACGUUCGAGGGGCACGACGCGUCUGUGCUCAGGGUGGCCUUUGUGAGCCGCGGCACACAGCUGCUGUCCAGUGGUUCCGACGGGCUCGUGAAGCUCUGGACCAUCAAGAGCAACGAGUGUGUGAGGACGCUGGACGCCCACGAGGACAAGGUCUGGGGGCUGCACUGCAGUCAGCUGGACGACCGCGCCCUCACCGCUGCCAGCGACUCCCGCGUCAUCCUCUGGAAGGAUGUGACCGAGGCGGAACAGGCCGAAGAGGAGGCCAGGAGAGAGGAGGAGGUGGUCAGGCAGCAAGAACUGGACAACCUGCUCCAUGAGAAGCGGUACCUGCGGGCGCUGGGCCUGGCCAUCUCCCUGGACCGGCCCCACACCGUGCUGACCGUCAUCCAGGCCAUCCGAAGGGACCCUGAGUCUUGCGAGAAGCUGGAAGCCACGGUGCUCCAACUGCGGCGAGACCAGAAAGAGGCCUUGCUGCACUUCUGUGUCACGUGGAACACCAAUUCACGGCACUGCCAUGAAGCCCAGGCCGUGCUGGGCGUGCUCCUGCGGCACGAGGCCCCGGAAGAGCUGCUGGCCUACGAUGGCGUGCGGGCCUCCCUUGAGGCCCUGCUGCCCUACACCGAGCGGCACUUCCAGCGGCUCAGCCGGACGCUGCAAGCGGCCGCCUUCCUGGACUUCCUGUGGCACAGCAUGAAGCUGCCCACGCUCCCCGCAGCGCCCCCAGCCCUCUAAACCCCCAGAAAAAUGGACUUUGAUCUUUGC